AAUUCUUCAACCGAGUCAGUUUAGUACACCAGUGGAUAAGACCCAUGGUGAAAUGUCAAUCGAAAAAAAAACAACAAACUGUCAAAAUAUUUGUCAGUCGUAAUUUUGCACUCUCGUCGGACGGCAAAAACUUUUUCAUGCAAUUUGGGUACAUCCACUGCCCGUAAAUCAAACCUUCUACCGAGUAAAGUUGCCGCUUCCAGGGCGCCAGUGGUGCGAGUAACGAACAGAAUGGUUCUCACGAACGAUGUUUAUUUGCCGAGCGAGGAAGAGCUCACCGUUCCGGAGGUGAAUCUUUCGGGUCCGGCUCUGCGGGCCGGUGCCUUCCAUCUGGGCAAAGCUUGCGAGGCGGAAAACAACGAAUUCAUGCUCUGCAGACAAGAGCUGAAGGACCCGCGAGCUUGCAUCGCCGAAGGCAAGGCUGUGACCAACUGCGCCCUGGAGUUCUUCCGCAAAGUCAAGAAGUCCUGCGCCCAGGAGUUCACCCAGUAUGCCAACUGCCUGGACAAAAGCAGUGGCGAUCUGAGAUUUGAAUACUGCCGCAAAACCCAAGGCGUGUACGACAAAUGCGUGCUGGAAAACCUGCACAUUGAGCGACCGGAUUACGGAUACUUUACCAGGGCCAAGGUGCACGCCACCGAUCGUCCAGCACCACCCAAGAAGGAGAAAACUGUUUAUCCGGAUGCCACCCCGGGACUGCCCGAAGAUUAUCCACGGCCGGAUGCCAAGUACGGUUCUCGUUUCCACUGGCUGAACUAGGGAGAAGGCUUCGUUUAUCGCGUUGAACACUUGUGUAGCAGUUUGAUAAUUGUUGAAGGUGCUCUUUGGAGCACUUUUCGAAAUACAUUAACAUUAUUAUCAUACGA